AUGAGAAAAAAAAGAUGUCACGGCCACAAUGUCAGCCACAGUCCCCUUUCGACACAUACAAUAGAUCGUUUUCCCACCUUCUUUCUUCUUUCGGAUCUUCCACUUUGCGUGUUCAAAGCAUUCUAUCCGGCGUCUUCACUGAGCCUUGACGGUCUUGACUCCAACCCAGUCGAGGCGGCACUUGGAGUCCAGCCCUCGACUAACUCACAGCUUUCCCGGUACAUUCACCCAUACCGUAGAGCUGUAUCUUCAGAUCUCAUCUUCUCUCUUGCACACUUUUUUACUCGUCAGCUUGGCCGAUCUCUCGACAUUCAUGCCUUUGCUGAGCCGUUGAUGUGCCUGCUUCUGGAGCGCAUUUUUAUUCACAUUUCGCUAAUCUUCUUCCGUCAACAGUCGGCACAAAUGAGCAAAGCUGUUGACAUUCGGGCAGCAAGCAAGCAAAUGGACAGAAGGAAGAGUUGGACAAAAGUGUACUUGUUGGCUAGACAGAUUAGGAGAAACUGGGCCUCGAUUGGAAAAGCAAAAAUGGAUAUGACGGGAUCACGGAUGUGCAUUUGA